GUGGUGGGCAGAUAUAGCUGACUAAGACUGUUGUCGAAAAGGUGAGGAGGCACAGAGUGGUGGAACCAGUAGAGACUUCAAGGAGAUUCACAUCACUAUGCUGUGUCCCGUCUAUACUGCCAUGCAGAUAAGUGCUGUAGUGUGUGCGACGAUCUGGGCGGUGUGUAAGGCAGUAGAUCAGCCGCUGCACGAGUUCUCCAUGCAGGACUUUUCCUUGAGGGACCAGGAGCUGGAGGCCCCCCUACAAGUGCGCCGCUACAGACCAAACAUCGAAGUUCCUCCAGAUCAGAUGCGGUAUCAACAACCGUUUCCUUUACAGCAGAAGCAGCUUGUUUCUCCGCACUUCCCUCAGCAACAAAUGCAGUUACAGCAACAAAUACUUUCAGAACAAAAACAGUUGCAAGUUCCUUACGAACAGCUGCAAUUGCAACAAGUUCCUCCCCAACAGAUGCAGUUUCAAGCUCCAUCAGAACAAAUGCAACCUCAAGUUCCUUCAGAAAAGUUGCAGUUCCAAGUUUCUUCAGAGCAAAUGCUCUCACAACAGUCAGUUCCCCCAUACCAGAUGUUCUCAGGCCAGUCAGUUCCUCCACAACAGUCGGUUUCAUCAGAGGAGAUGCAAUCACAAGUUCCCCUCGAACAGAUACCAUCUCAGCGUUUAGUUCCUUCAGAAGAAAUGUGGUCAAAACAACAACUUCCAUCUCUGCAAUCAGCUCCUCUACAACAAUCAGUCCCUCCGCAACAACCAGUUCCUCUACAACAACCAAUACCUCCACGACAACCAGCCCCUCCACAACAGCCAGUUCCUCCCUUCGGCAUUCCAGCCACCUGCAUCUGCUACCCGAUGGUCACCAGUAUCCCUGAAGGUUUUGAGGGCGCUUCAGGUUACCCGUCAGUACCCUACCCGUCUGCACAGAAGAAGCGGGACCUUGAGCUGAGCAGCGACUCUCAGAGCUCGGCCAAGGCCAACGUCAACACGCCCACCUACAUCCAAGUGUUCAAGGAUGACACUCUUGAGCCCGAGACGACGAAAUAUGAGUAAACUGAUAGGCAAGUUAUCGUGUCACUACGAAGUGCACCUCCUGGAGAAUCAUGUACAACUUAACGUUAAAACACAUGAGCUGGGAUAUUAGAGCUCUUAUCUCGCAAACUUCACUGUUUAAAAAUAAAGGAAUCAAAUUUGCGAAGAUUUUAUUUUGAGGGAUUUUUUUUUAUCAAAACUGCAUCUGCAGUGUAUUUGCUAUCCUAGGCUGUGUGACAGUUGCUACAUCAUAUUCCAUCAGGAAAACUUCAGUUUGACUACGGAUGUGAUUGGCAGACUGCUUGAAGUACAAACCAUUACUGAAAUGCUUGAUGAUAUCCUCAUUACCCUACUGAAGUUUCCCAGCUCAGGCUGACAGAUUUUAACACUUUGUAUGAAUCCCAUCCUGCGUGAUGGGAUAUGACAGGGAAACAUAGCUAUCUUUUGUUCCCACUUUGUAAUUAUUAUAUAGCAGCACACUGGUAAUGUAUCUAAUUUUUUCUAAAAAAAAUAUAUGAAGUAAGCUCCACCCGACAUCAACCUGGAGUUAUAACACGAAGCAUACAAGGAGACACUACAAGGUUCAUGCCACAGGAAGACAGCAGUGAGAACUAAGAGUAGCAUUGAACAUAAGAGGCAUCGAAUAGACUCCGAUGCAUCUGUGUAUAUCCAAGAUAUUAUACACGAUUUAUGAGAAUUAGCUGGAAAUGUGUGACGAACAAAAUGUAUACACACAAUCUUUGUUGUGAUUAUAAUAAUGACGCACUUACAUGGAUUACGUUAGUUUAUUAUCUUUAUUGUGUUACCCAUACCCAUGGUGGGGGGGGGUAGUCAGAAGAUACAAAGGUACAUAAUGGGUACAGAGACUGUACCUCAACAUUAAAGAGGCACAUAAUGGGUCCAGAGACUGUACCUCAACAUUAAAGAGGCACAUAAUGGGUCCAGAGACUGUACCUCAACAUUAAAGAGGCACAUAAUGGGUCCAGAGACUGUACCUCAACAUUAAAGAGGCACAUAAUGGGUCCAGAGACUGUACCUCAACAUUAAAGAGGCACAUAAUGGGUCCAGAGACUGUACCUCAACAUUAAAGAGGCACAUAAUGGGUCCAGAGACUGUACCUCAACAUUAAAAAGGCACAUAAUGGGUCCAGAGACUGUACCUCAACAUUAAAGAGGUACUUAAUGGGUCCAAGGACUGGGUUGCAAAGUUUUCACAGCUGAACAAGUUACAGUGGUAAUGAACUACAUACAUGUCUAUAUAUCUGGUUACAAUCAUAAUGAGUUAUUUAUGGAGACAUUAAUUAGGUCACACAAAAAAUUACAAAAACAUUACCUAAUAUUUUAGCAAAGUAUACUUGCAAUAAAAAAAGGUUUAAGUGGUUAUGUGUUAUUUACAGUGAGUAAAAUACUUUGACAUAUCUGAGUAAGUUGUCUCUGAAUUCAUUAAUUUUAUCACAUAAUGUUGACAGUUACUGAUUCAUGGAGUUACAUUACUUUGUCAAGUCUAUACGGCGCUAUUUCCAGUAGUUUUAAUGCAAAUAUAAAUAAGUCCUCCCUCAUUAAUA